GUGUGCGGCGGUGUGACGUUGCGUCCGUUCCGCGAAUCGAGGGAGGAGAAUCGAGAAUCGAGAGAGUGCCGCUCUCCGUCACUCCGCGACCGAAUCUCGAGUGCGUGCGGUCGUCGUGUGCGGCUUCGCGUGCCCUCCCCGCUCGUGUCUGUUGGGCGGCCUGCUGCUACUCGGCGUACGGCGUGUCAAAUUCGAUGUGUUGACAUCGCGGCGCGCGCGACGCGACGGCGAGAGUGAACAUAUCCUGACCUGUCCGUUCUCCAGCCCGUGUUCACGAAACAGCGACGCGCAAGAGACAGGCAAGACCGCACGAUGUCGGCGAUCUUCGACAUCGAGCUGCAGGAAGCAGGACCGCUGCACAGGGACGAGUCGGAGGACGACGACAUCAUCGAGAUCGACGCGGAGGAAUGCGUCGCGCUGAACCUGAAUGAGAUCGUAAACUCGUCGGACGUGGAGACGGAGCCGAUAGAGCAGAUUGUCAAUCGCGCGCGCGAUAAGGUCGGGCCGGAGGACUUCGAGUUGCGCAAAGUUAUCGGAAAAGGUGGCUACGGCAAGGUGUUUCAGGUGCGCAAAAUAACGGGAAACGACAGCGGCACUCUCUUCGCUAUGAAGGUAUUGCGCAAGGCUUUGAUUGUAAAAAAUCAGAAGGAUACAGCUCACACUAGAGCCGAGAGAAACAUCUUGGAGUCUAUAAAGCAUCCUUUUAUCGUAGAUCUCAAGUACGCUUUCCAAACUGGUCAUAAGUUAUAUCUGAUACUGGAAUACAUGUGCGGCGGUGAGUUGUUCCGACACUUAAAUGCCGAAGGAAUUUUCAUGGAAGAUACCGCGCGUUUUUACUUGUGCGAAAUUACAUUAGCUCUGCAACACCUACACUUGCAAGGAAUUAUAUACAGAGAUUUGAAACCAGAAAAUGUUCUAUUGGACGCAGACGGACAUAUUAAGUUAACUGAUUUUGGGUUAUGUAAAGAGCAUAUACAGGAGGGUGCUCUUACUCAUACAUUUUGCGGGACUAUCGAAUAUAUGGCACCUGAGAUCUUAACGAGAAGUGGACAUGGGAAGGCGGUAGACUGGUGGAGCUUAGGAAGUUUAACAUAUGACAUGCUUACAGGAGCUCCACCAUUUACUUCAAGCAGCAGAAAGAAAACUAUUGAGAAGAUUCUACGUGGCAAAUUAACUUUUCCAUUAUAUGUAACGGCCGAUGCUAAAGAUUUUAUUCGAAAAUUACUGAGGAGACAAGUUCCGCAAAGAAUGGGAUCUCAGUUGGAUGGUGAAGAAGUAAAGAGACACAAAUUCUUCAGACAUAUCAAUUGGGACGACGUUAUAUCUCGACAGUUAGAACCUCCUUUUAGACCACAAUUGUCUAGCAAAGAAGACGUAUCACAAUUUGAUAAUAAAUUUACCGCUUCAUCGCCAGUUGAUUCUCCAGUCGACUACACUUUGAGCGAGUCAGCUGACGGGCUGUUCCAAGGAUUUACAUAUGUAGCACCAAGCAUAUUGGAGGAUGUACUUCUUCAACAACCUUACCUAAAUACCAUGUCACCACCAUCAGUCAUAAAAGCCAGAAGUCCUCGCAAAGCAACUCGUGGUUUUUCACCUCGGACGACGCAUCUUCAUUUCCACAAUGCCCAUUUAUCAAAUCACACGUACAAUAUAGUUGGCCAUAACAACGUGGAAGAUGCAGAAAUGAUUGAACUAGGCUAACCAUUACUAUUCGACUAGUAGAUAGCAUUUUUGCCCAACUGCUGGAUAUUCAUAAUCCUCAGGGAGGGGUUUUAUAACUUAGAAGGAGUAGUUAGAGGGAAUGGAUGCAGUAUCCAUUAUUACAUUGGAUAUCCAGCAGUUACAUUUAGCUAAUCUUUUUUUUAUAUCUAUAUAUUGCGUACGAAAAUAUCAAUUAAUAGAUUAUGAUUUAACAGCGACGCAGCAGGUAUUUGGUAGCGCAUAGAGUAGUUGCAAUUUGAAUAUGAAUAGAUUAUCGAUAAUCCGCAAGAAAGUACAUUAUUUCUCAACUAGUUAUUACAGAUUACUUCAAUUAGCGAUAGAGUUAUUGAAAAAUAUAUCUUUUGCAUUGGAUUAUUCAUGUAAUUUUUCAAUAUUUAUAAAUAUCCGAAUCUUUAUUAAUGCAGCAGUCAUAUUAUUAUAUAUUCAUAUGACAAGAUUGUUAUUUGUACUGUGUGUGUGGUUAAAGAGAUAAGCUUUUGAAAUUUUGGAAAUAUUCAAGCAUACUGCUUGAGUCUUAAGAAACUGUAUAUUAUAGAAGCUAAAAACAUGAUCUCUCUUGAUAAUAUUUUUACAACUGAAGAUUUAUACAUACAUCUGUAAUAAUAUAAACUUAUUUUAUAUCUGGGAAAUCUAUUAAUAUUUACUGAUUAUCGUUAAUUAUUUUUUUAAUGAGAAAAGUCUCGAGAAAUGCUACCACAACCGCUCCGCCGCUCAAAAGUUCUUUUCAUAUAUACCGUACGUUAGGAGAAAAUAUUUUCAGCAGUAAUAACGUUUCCAUGGCAAUAAUGUAUGAAAUAGUUUGCCUAAAUAAUGAUCGUAGAGAUGGAGUAUAUAACGCUACAAUGGAAUUGCAUUUACACAAUGAAAGUUCCUAUACAUUGAAAAUUCGAAUACGACAUAGUUUAUAUUCUCCGGGGAACGAAAGAACAUUUUGUUAAAUGAUCAUGCGCAUCAAUAUCUUAGAAUGAGAAUCGCCAUUGUCAUUCCGUAACUUGAAAGCGGAAGGCAUGAAAUAUUAUAAUUGCAGAUGCGGACCUAUAUCCUGAGUAUAUUUUUAACUCCAGGUCAUAGGUUGUUCUUAUUGUAAGGUAUUGAUGUUAGAUCUGUUGAAAGAGAUGAAUGCCUACGUAGUUCAGUUUAUAUUUGAACAACAAGCAAGCUUAUUUUGAGCUGGCUAUAUUUUUUAAUUGGUAUGUACGUUAUAUCGCUUACGUUCGUUUAUUAUUAAAACGACAAACGCAACUCUUCGAGGUACAAAUUCAAUGUCUUCUUGCGAAAAAUACUUUUACUUUUACACAUACAUAUAUUGAAUUAACGAAAAGUUCAGAAUGGUACAAGAUGAGAUCGAGUUACCAUGGUAACAAUGUUACUGCAAAACAUGGACUUUCCAUCCGAAUGAGUAUUCCAUACUUGUUCCUUACAUGCAUUAAUGUAUCAUUUAUCGUGUACAUACAUAUAGAUAAUAUUGAUUUUACUUGCAGAACGCAGUAGGAAAAAUAGACAUAAACAAGAGUGACUGUAAAUCACUCACAAAAGCUCCAAACUACCCAAGUGUUCAGUAGGCCAUGCUAGCAGGCAAAUAUCUUUUAAUUAUUUAUAACAGAUAACCAUAGUCGAAAUGUAAUAUUGCCCAGCGUCUCUCUCUUUCUCUCAAAUAUUUUUUUGUCCGUACAUGGGAACAUCCUCCUGCAGGCAAUUGUUGCAUUUCGACUACGUCGACUACAUAAAUAAGUGCGUAUGAUAUAAAACCUGACAAAAUCACGUUAUAUACUCACAGCUGUAUUAUAUUAUAAGAGAAAUGUGUAUUCAGAGACAAUGAGAAUUUCUGAUCGGUUUUUCGGUACGUAUCUGAACACAUGUAUUUUCGACAUUGAAGCAGGAAUGUGCCUACAGAGUUGUCAAGACGCUGUUCGAAGAUUUAUAAUAUAUUACUCGACGACACACUGAAAUUUAUUAUAAGAGAGAUACCAAUUAUGUCCUGAAUUACCCACUGUCAGAUUUUGAUAGAUACCAAAACUGCUGUAAACUAUAACUGUUACCUAAGAUUUGCUUUAAAUUAAAGCAUGCCAGAAUCGUGCGGAAAAACGCUGCUCGAUAUCACUGCCUCAUACAACGUACGCGUUGUUACUUCCGCGUGAUUCCAUGUAAGUUUGUCUUGUUUAUGAAGUCAGGGCAUUUUUGCAAGCGAGAGACCGAGAGCGCGUCCAAACGUGAACGUGAAAGAAUUUUGUUGAGCCUCCUAAUUAGAUUCGACGCGUUCUCAAUGAACAUAUUGGUGCUGACGCGGUUUAUUUUGAUUUUUAUUUUUUAGGAGGAAUUAGGCGUCUUCGUUAUUGUUUUAAUGAUUAAAGUAGUCAAAUUGUUUAUAUAUACCGUGUCAUGCGAUGGUCUCGUGCUCAUUUCUAAUACGUUAGUUAAGUUCAAUCUUAAUCAAAAAAUAUAUAUAUCUAAGUUAUCUGAUUUUUUUUGCAAUAAAUGUAAACUUCCUGUACGUCAGUUCUCGUGCGAGAAUGCCAGGAAUCUGCGCCUUUUUGUUGGAUAUCACCGUCGGAUGUGUCCGGUACGAAGGAUAUUCCAAUAUAUAACGAGAACUGACCUUUUUCUGUCAUGCGCUAAGCGGAUUGAUUUGUCGAUUCGACUCGAGCUCUAUUUUGAUAGGACAGAAAUUAACAACUAUUAACGAUCAGUUCUAAGUUAUAAUGUGUAAAACAGGCAUAUUUAUUUGCAGUAUGAAUGUAUUAGUCAUUUAAGGGACGGAAAAUAUCAUCGAACGAAUAUGUAACGAAGUCUAGCCAUUAGACGGAAAAGUGAUAAAUGAUUUAUGCUUCCAUUUAAGAUUAGAUGUAGACUCUCGGGUUAACUUAUCACUGCUAUGAUUUGUAAUCCUCUAUAAAUUGUAUCCAUAAAUGCAACGAUUUGUGAAGGUGUGUCUGUGCGAGCGUAAACGCGCGCGCGCAUAUGUGCGAUGUGUGGGUCCAUGACAUAUCCUUGUCAUGUGUAUUAUUUCACUUAUUUUAGUGUUAUGUACAAUAAAUUGGGUAUAAAACUGUC